AUGUCUGCAUACCUUGUGACAGGCGCCGGCCGCGGGUUGGGACUUGAGUUCGUCAAUCAGCUGUCCAAGCUGCCCGAAGACCAAGUUUCCACCAUCUUUGCGGCAACAAGAUCUGCUCCCUCAGAUGCUCUGUCGGAGCUCAUCACUCGUUCUCACGGAAAGGUCGUCCACCUGCCGAUGGUUAUCACCGAUAAAGACAGCAUCAAGAGGGCGGUAUCUCAAGUCGAUGAAACACUUGCCGGAAAAGGACUUGAUGUCCUCAUCAACAAUGCUGGUGUCAUGCCUUGGACCAUGAAUGGAAUCGAGACCAUGGACGACAUUGGGGAUGUGUUCAAGGUGAAUGUAGAAGCUGUGCACGACGUCACGGCAGCAUUUCUGCCCCUACUACGAAAAGGUGUACAGAAGAAAGUGUUGAACAUUACGUCAACGCUUGGGUCCAUAUCAAUGGUUCACGGAUAUGUGUUCGCAUCAACACCAGCGUACAAGGUGUCCAAAGCCGCGCUGAAUAUGUUGACCGUGCAAUAUGCCUUGGAGCUGGGAAAAGAAGGCUUCACAUUUCUGCUGGUUUCCCCUGGUUGGUUGAAGACCGACUUGGGUGGAGAUCAGGCGGAUCUGCCUGUCGAGGUGGGAGCACAAGCUACCCUCGAUAUCCUGUUUAAGAGCACAACAGAGGACAAUGGGAAAUCCAAGAACAUCCUCGUUCCCGGGUGGGAGAAUGUGCCAGGACCAAAUGUGUAUGACGGGAAGCAAGUAGCCUGGUGA